AGUCAAACUUAUUUUCUCCUCCCUCCUCCCUUCCCUGCGCCACUCGCUCAUUUUCUGCACUUCUACAGCCUGUCUUUCUUUAUACCUUCCCGUUGCUUUCGUUCUUUGCCGUCGCCUCCGCACCGUCGUGCUCUAAGCGCAAAAGUGCUCUUUAGCCACAGAUUUCUCUCUUCACUUGAACUAGUGAUGUCGUCAAUCUGUGGCUCGCUUGGUCUUCUAGUUUCUCACUGGAAGCAUAGUAACACUCGCUUCUUGAUAUUCCUUCACUCCAAGAGAAAGAUUAACUUCUGCUCAACUGUAGUUUACUGUUCUGAUAAUGACUCAGUUUCCAAACAAAGCCAGUUGGGCUAUGAUCCAUCAGAAGAAUUACUAGGACUCGAGGCUGAUCUAAACCCAAGGAGUUCUAUAUCUGGGGUGUCUAAACCAAGAUCUUGGUUUGGUCCAACUGGUCAAUAUAUUAGAGAGCUUCCAUGUCCAAGUUGCAGGGGAAGAGGUUAUACUUCAUGUUCAGAGUGUGGUAUUGAAAGAUCUAGGUUAGAUUGUUCUCAAUGUAGUGGAAAGGGUAUAAUGACUUGUCGUCAGUGCUUGGGGGAUUGUGUAAUAUGGGAAGAGUCGAUCGAUGAAAAGCCAUGGGAGAAUGCUCGCUCAGUUUCUCCACUGAAAGUGAAAGAGGAUGAAGAAGUUGACAAUUUAGAAAUAAAGCUGGACAACAAGAAAAAAUCAAAGCGUAUAUACCAAUCACCAUCUCCUGAAGUUGGACUGAAGAUCAGCCGAUCACUAAAAAGUCUUAAUGCCAAAACUGGACUAUUUAGUAAAAGAAUGAAGAUUAUCCAUCGCAAUCCUAAGCUUCAUGCACAAAGGGUGGCUGCAAUUAAGAAAGCCAAAGGAACUGCUGCAGCAAGGAAACAUACUUCUGAAACUUUGAAAGCUUUUUUCAGUGAUCCUGAAAACCGUCGCAAGAGGAGCAUUGCUAUGAAAGGAGUGAAAUUUUACUGUAGAAACUGUGGACGGGAAGGACACAGGAAACAUUACUGUCCGGAACUAAAGCAUAGCUCAACAGACAGGCGGUUUAGAUGUCGAUUGUGUGGGGAAAAGGGCCAUAACAGAAGAACAUGCCAGAAAUCGAGGAUGAUCAAUCAGAAAGGCACAAUUAGAAGGCUAUAUCAGUGCAAAACUUGUCACCGAAGUGGCCAUAAUAGCAGGACAUGCCCUAAAAUUAAGGUUUCAAAAAGUUUACGUGGUAGAAAUGCAAAGAAAGAUUCUCUCAUACCUAGACGUAGAGUAUACACCUGCAAUUUCUGUAGGGAAAAGGGGCACAAUGUAAGGACAUGUCCAAACAGAAAUACAGAGCCUACAAUGAGUUCUGGAAAUAAUGAGGAUACCAACAACCUUGUUAUGGACUGAUGCAUUUUAAUUGAACGUGCGGAGGGGAAAAGCGUUUUAUUUUUCUUUCUAAAAGUUUCAUCUGCAAUAUCUUUAGCUGUACCUUCUAUGUUACUGUCUCAGUAUUUUUUAAUAUUUUUUUAUGAUAAAAGAUGUGGUUGUCUUCUCCCAUUCCCUAUCAGAGUCAGAUUGAAUUCAA